CAGGAGCUGGGCUGGGAGCAACCAUUACGCACCGGUAGGCGGGGAGGGGGCGGAAGUGGCCCAUAGGCGCAGGUGGGCGCUCGCCCCGGCCCAAUGGACGACCUGGGGGAGCGGCUGCACCGUAGCGGCGCGCGCUUCGCUGACGCCUUAAACGGGAUCGUCACGAAGUACAGUUAUCCCUUUGAAGAUGAUGUACUUGUCUCUAUGCAAACACUAUCUUGCAAUACACCUGAUGGACCGAGGAGUUGGGAGGACAUAUCACAAAAUUACCUGAAAAGGAGGAGAAAAUUACUCAAGAAGACUACACACUAUCAAGUAACUACAGAAACAGAGCAGUCGAUUGCUGGUGUUGAAGAUGAAGAUAUGAAAAGUUAUCAGGAAGUUGCUGGGGAAUCUUUCAUACAAUCCUCUGAAGAGAGUCAAGUUGAAGACACAGAUACAGAAAACAAAGCAGAUUUGGUUUCAAUUAGAAGAAGCUUUGAAAAUGUUAACCUAAAGGAAAACAAUAUUCUGCUUGCAAACCCUUCUGAGAUGGAAAUGGGAGACAAAUUCAGAGUUCGUGUGGAUGUUUUAGUACAAGGUGAUGAUAGAAACAUUCCCAAGUGGAUUACGGUGGCACCUAGAGAAAAACCGGAAAGUAUUUACCUACUUUCUCCAUUACAAGGGCUAAUGGAGACAUCUAAAUCUGUAUUUGAAGAUACAGUUGCACCCAGAUGUCGACCUCUCAUGGAGAAAAAUGAAACUGGCUAUGAUAGCUUUUAUGAAGAGUACCAGUCUGCAGAUGAAGAAUGUUCCUGGAGCAAUGUCACACUUGCAGACUUGUAUCCAAGCAUGGUGGAGAACCUUAGCAAGCUGAUCAACAGACAAACUCAAAGAAAAAUAGCUGAUUACAUCAUCAGAAACUACAAACGCAGAGGAUGGCAUCCUAAAAAAUCAAGACUUAAUGUUACCAUGGUAAAAACAAAAAGGUUGAGGCCAGCUAGGUUGAGGCCAGCUAAAGUAAAGCGCAUCCUGCUGAACACAUAUGGUGGUAAUGAUCAGGAGAAACAAAAAUUACUUCCUGGAACUAAAGUCAAUGAGAAUAAUUAUGACACAUGUUUAACUAGGGAUGAAUCUGAUGUGCUGUCUUGCUUACCUUUUAAUACUGAAGAAAUGGAAAUAGACUGUAUAAUAGACUGUUCUGGAAGUUUCGCCAAUAAUUCUUACACUGAAAGAACAGACCAAAACAUCUUGAAGUCAACUAUUUUUCCAAAUGCAGUCAUUAGAACAGACGAAACAUUGUUGGUUGAGAGUCCACCUCAAGCCACUCUGUCACUGAAGCAUUCUCAAGGUAGCCCAGCUGAGAAGCUUCCUGAAAUAUCUUCUCAGAAAUACCCUUCUGUAACUUGCACUGGAGGUUUGGGAUCAGUGUCUCUUUGUCUAAUGAAGGAUGGUGAGAACAGCAAAAUUGAUGGUGUAACUUUUGAUAGUACCUCAGAGAGAAACACUCCCACUCGCAACUUUAAUGCCGAUGCUAAUACCUUUCUGUCGCUGAACAACUACUCCUUAGCAAGAACAUCAGAUGUAUUUCACAGACAGCCUGAAAUAAAGCCAAUCGAAGGAGGUGUUUUGUUGCAGCGCAGUCAUUCAUUUUCCUCACUUCCUGUGAAUCGGAGUCCUAGCAAGGCUCAGCAGAAAUAUGAGACUGCGUUUGAAAAAGUUUACCAGAAGCUGUGCUCUAAAGAACUUCAGAAACCACUUAUAUUUCCAAAACCUCCUUCAAACCUAAGGGGAUUUGAAGAGAAAGAAAGUUUAUUCAAAAUUAACUUUUCUGAAUCUGAAAAGUGUCAUAAACAGUAUGAACAUGCAUUUGACAAGAUUUACCAGAAGUUACAUACUGAAGGGCUUCCAAAACUUCCUACUUUUUUAAGAGCUUCAAACUUAAGGAAAUAUGAAUGCAUACAAAUGUCUGAAACUGUAAAUGCCCUAAUUAAUUCACCCAUAAGAACUUUGCCUUCAUUUGCCAGAAUUAAGAGAGUAGCAGAUAUCCACAAAGAAGAUCUUUUGUUUUCACCGCUAAAGAGACUGAAAAAUGUACCUGAAUCUUAUUGUCCUAAAGGAGCAUGUCCAAAGUCCUCUCGUAAGAAACAUGUUAACUCUCAGACGACUGGCAUGGACUUAUCAAACACAAAGGAUGAGAUUGUUGUCAGCCUCUCUCAAAGUCCAAAUAAUCAAAAUUAUGACUCUGAGAACUUUAAUGUUGGGUUUCCUGCUUCUCCAAAUCAUACUUUUCUUGUUCAUCCAAGUACUUUCCUGCAAGAAUCCAGGAUAGCAGAUAUCUAUGCAACUAUUCCUAGGAUGCUGCAAAAUCAUGGAUCAACUAGAAAUGCAGAAAAACGUCAACAAAGGAUAUUCAGAAAACUCAGCUACAAUGACGAGUGAAAGACGACUCCUCGCAUCAUUUUGACAACUUCAUGGCUACCACCCAGCCCAGAUCAUCUGUGGACAGCCAUAAAGAAAUUAUUUUAUGAAUUGUUAAAGAUAUCAGAGACAAUUUUUAACUACUGCAGGCUGAAAUUUGCAAUUCCUGCUAAGGAGGGAGCUGAAGAACAUUGCUCUGUAUUAUACAGUUUAUCCUAAUUUGUACAUUCCCUCUUAUCCAGAAGAGUACCCAGAAGGAUUGCAGGGCAGUUCUACUUACUGAAUUGUUGUUUAUGUGACUUUUGAGGUGUCUGCUUGCUGCUGAUAAUCAGGGCUCUUUCUUAUAGCUCACCAUAUAUUUGUAACUCAUAUAUUAGGAGUAUUCAUAAUGCUACAUGUUUGGGCUACACAUAGUUCUUUUGUCUGCUGAUUAACACAGGUAUCAUCAUGCUAAUAAUAAUGUGUUAACAAGCUCUGUACUUGCCAGAAUUCCUACCCUCUACUGUGAAUAGUGGCUUUAUAUGUGCAUGUCAUUAGGCUCCUGACAACAUUAGCUAGAAAGAUCUAAAUACAGUAUAAUAUUAUGAACCUGUAAUGGGGCCAUUCUAUUAGGUCCCAUGUUUUAAUGUUUAAUUUUCCAUUUAUCUAAUUACUAAUCUUG